GCGUAAUUUAUUCUUUUCACACCUGAAUUUGAAUCGUCAGCGCUCGGAUCAAACUGAAUAGAUUUCUGUGCAUACACACGUGGCACUCUCCUUGAUACGAUGGAUCCGAGUCUGGACGACCAUGAAUACUGCACGGGGGGUUUCGAUCCGGAGGAUAUCAUCAUCAGUGGAAUGGCCGGAAGAUUUCCGGACUGCGAUAAUGUACAAGAAUUCAAGGAUGGAUUAUACAACAAGAAGAAUAUGGUUGUCUUCUCUGACGCCCGUUUCGAAAAGGGUGCACGGGGUGUUCCUUACAGUUCUUGUGCACUCUUAAAACGAUUGGACCAAUUUGAUGCCGAAUUUUUUCAAUUGUCGCACACUCUGGCGCACCGGUUGGAUCCGGCUUCCCGAGUUCACAUGGAAGUCACAUAUGAAGCGAUUGCAGAUGCAGGCAUUGAUGCUUGCGACUUAAGGGGACAAAGAAUCGGUAUCUUCAACGCCACAACUGCAGACGAGUGCCACAAGAUCUAUGACUUAGAAGAACAAUAUUUGACUCUGACCUCCAUGAGAUCAAUGAAUCCCAACAGAACGACGUAUGCUAUGGGAUUUACGGGUCCCAGUAUAGUUAUAGACACAGCCUGCUCAUCCACAGGAGCGGCCUUGUGGGCAGCAGAGCAAAGCAUCAAAUCGGGAUGUAUUGAAGCAGCCGUAGUCAGCGGAUGCCAGCUGAACUUGAGUCCCGAUACUAUCUAUGGAUAUCUCGAAUUGGGAAUCCAGUCACCAACAGGAACCUCUCGGCCAUACGAUGCAAAUGGCGAUGGCAUAGUUAGAGCGGAGGCGAUUUGUGCCGUUUUCUUGCAGAAAGCCAAAACGGCAAGAAGAGCUUAUGCUUCCGUCAAAGCUACAAGAUUUUACUCAGCGGGUUACGUCCCAGAAGGAAUCGCCGUUCCUUCAAAAAGCAUGCAGAUAGAAAUAAUGGUGGAUGCCCUUAAAGAUGCCAAAGUCCACCCUGAUGAAAUACAGUAUAUCGAAGGACACGCCACAGGCACUCGAGUAGGUGAUCCAAUAGAAGCGAAUGCAAUGGACUGUGUGUUUAGUACGAAGACUCGGAAGAAGCCUUUGCUUCUUGGUUCAGUAAAAAGCAAUAUUGGACAUACAGAAGCAUGUGCAGGACUCAGCAGUAUGAUAAAAUCCAUACUUGCUUUUGAAACCGGACUAAUUCCACCGAAUAUCAACUACGAUUCCCCAAAUCCGAGCUCUCCAGCUUUAUUGGAAGGAAGGGUUGCCAUAGUAACGGAACCCACGCCUCUAACAGCUGACUACAUUCCUGUCAAUUCACUGGGAUUUGGUGGUACGCUACUGCAAGUCGUUCUAAAGAAGAAUCCUAGAACUUAUAAUGGUACAAAACCAGCCUCGCUAGGAAUUCCUAGAAUGGUUUUGUUCCCAGCAACGACAGAAGAAGCUAUAACCACAGUAUUUGAUUAUGUGAAAAAUAAUCCGAACUUGCCGGAAGAAUUCUUCGCUCUCUUAAGCAAAUUAUCGUUUACAGACCCUUUCUAUAAACCAUUCAGAGGAUAUGCUGUUUAUCAAAAAGGAAAGGACCCAGUCACUCAUAUAAAACAUGUCGCACAGGGUAAAAGACAAGUUUGGUUUAUUAUGACUGGUAUGGGUUGCCAAUGGCCAGGAAUGGGCUUAGAACUCAUGAAGAUAGAUGUAUUCGCUAGAUCAAUAAAUAAAUCGGCUGAAAUUCUGAAGCCAUAUGGAAUUGACUUAUUUGAAAUCUUGAGACCUGACAGAAACUACUUCCACACGGACCGAAAAAUUACUGCGUCAUUUGUUGCCAUAUUGUCUAUACAAAUUGCUCUUGUGGAUGUUCUGAGGUAUCUUGGUGUAGAACCGGAUGGUAUAAUAGGACAUAGUGCUGGAGAACUGGGAGCUUCUUAUGCUGAUGGCUCCUGCACACAUGAACAAUCACUUGUUGCUUCUUACUUCAGAGGAUAUGCAGUUGAAUCUGCAAAUCUUCCAGAAGCUGGAAUGGCAGCUGUCGGCAUGUCCUUUAGUGAAGCUGAAAAAAUGUGUCCUAAGGACAUUUUCGCUUCCUGUGAUAAUGCAGAAGAUAGUGUAACUAUUUCCGGACUGAAAGAACCACUGGCGAAAUUUGUCGAGAAGUUACAGCAGGAAAAUUAUUUUGUUCGCAUGGUCAAUUCCCAUGGAUAUGGAUUUCAUAGCAAAUUCAUCCAGGAUGCAGUUCCCCUAAUGAAACCAUCUCUACAAAAGCUUAUACCUAAUCCCAAGCCCAGAACAGAACGUUGGAUUAGUACGAGCUUCCCAGAGUCCCAAUGGAACACACCUGAAUGCAAAAUGUGCGGUCCUGACUAUUUCUGCAAUAAUAUGGUGUCCAGUGUUCGCUUUACUCACGCUCUCACGAAGAUUCCUUCGGACGCCAUCGUCAUCGAAAUCGGGCCCCACUAUCUGCUCCAGUCCAUUUUGAAAAGAGCUAUUGGUCCCAAAGCUUCCUAUCACGGUCUCAUGAAGAGGAAUGACGAAAACAACAUGCUAUUCUUCAUGGAAUCACUAGGAAAAUUAUAUCAAGAAGGGGUGAAUCCAAAAAUUGAACGUCUCUAUCCACCUGUGAAGUUUCCAGUACCGAGAGGAACUCCCGUGAUUUCCGACUUAAUAAAAUGGAAUCAUACUCAGUCAUUCGUCGUACCAAGGUAUUCUCAGAGAGGCAGCCAAUAUUCUAAAGAAUUCAAGCUCGACAAAGACGAUGCCUAUUUGAUGGACCAUGGGGUAGACGGUAGGAAACUGUUCCCUGGCACAGGCUACGUUUAUCUUGCUUGGGAUGCACUAGCAACAAAACUACAGAAGGACUUGAACGAACUGCCUGUCGUCAUCGAGAAUUUCAGGAUUGAAAGAGCAACAAUCACUAGUGGUCAAUCUACUGUUAAAUUCUUCGUCAACAUUUUGGAUUCUUCGGGAAAUUUCGAAAUCAUAGAAGGCAAGUCCUUGGUAGCCAGCGGGAAAAUCUAUGAAUGCAAGAAGAUGACUUUCCUCGAAGGUCCUCCUGAGUAUACCAGUAAUGACACUAGUGUGUCUGCGCGUGAUAUUUAUGAUGAGCUUAAGAGGUGCAGUUUUGAAUUUGGUCCAGCUUUCCAAAACCUCGUUGAAUACUACCCUGAUGGAACCUCGGGCGUUGUUCAAUGGCAAGGAAAAUGGAUUCCAUUCUUGGAUGUCGUUUUGUUAUUUUUUAGUUUAAAAAAAUACCUAAAAGGAUUGCUAUUACCUACUGAAUUUAAGACUCUGAAAAUUGAUCCAAACAUUCUCAGAGAAUAUGUGCGCAAAAGUGCUUCUAUAAACAAAGAAGACAGUACCACAACUUACAAUAUUCCUUGCCAUUAUAAUCCGAAAACGAAAUUAGUUCGUUCGAUUGGUAUAGAAGCUUCUCACCUGAACAACGAGCCUGUUGCCAUUCGUGGAAAAGCCGAAAACCCUAUUUUAGAAGAAUACAGAUUUAUUCCUUACGUGAGCAAUUACACACCAUCAGGAAGUACCAGUCUUCCAUUUUCCCAAUAUUUCAAUACUUGUAACGAGUUAAUGAAUAAAAUAGGAAAAGCUCUGAAGAAGAAUACGAAACGAUACCAGUUCCAACUUGAAGGUCAAACCGACUUCCGUCUAGGGGAAACAGAGUCAUCAGAUAAUAAGAAUCUGGCAAAAAUUCUGGAAACAAUUUCUAAUGACCCAGAAAGUCUCAAAAACAAAAGAAAGGAAUAUUUGGCCAACUACAUUCACACUGCUGGUAAUGACAUUCUAAACAACGCGUUAGUGAACGAAGAUACGUUGAAAAUUAUGCUGGCGAUUAUUUCGGAGAAUACUUACAGGAAAUUGAGUGUUGUGGAGGUGAAUCGCGACUUCCCAGUCGUCUUGGUUCCCGCAACAGACACUGUGAAGAAAUACGCACAUCUCAAAUUCAAGAAAAGCGUCUUGAUAGCGCCCAAAUCGGUUGUGAUUGACCAGGAAGUUUUGGAGGAAAGUGGUAUCCAACAGGCAUCUUCAGAAGACAUUUUAAAAGACCUUGAGAGAGAAAAGUCACAAGAUGUGGCGAUCAGCUCUUUCACGUGUGGUCCACUGUCUGAACUGAAAAACUUGCUUGGUACACUGACAUCAAUCAUCAAAUCAAAUGGUUUCAUAUUGCUGUUCUUCAAGGAGAAAGCCAACCGUGCGGAACAGCUUCUGUCUUCCAUUUGUGGGGAAGAACUUCAAGUCCAUUCUCAAGCAGAACUUGAAAGUGUCCUGCAAAGCGCAAACUUGUUGAUUUUAAGUAAGAUUUCUGAUCCCUUCGGAGGAGCGGUAUAUCUACUUCGUGCACCGUAUCUUGAAACACCACAAAAAGUUCUACAAAUAACAGAUAGCAAUUACAAAUGGGUGGAAAAAGUGAAAAAAGAACUGUAUGAAAAGAAUGCAGGCAGGUUGUGGCUUGUAUCAGAGGACGGUCCCGUCAGUGGUAUACUUGGAAUGGUGAAUUGUUUAAAACAAGAACCAAGCGGAGAACGAAUCAGGUGUGUGUUUAUAUCUCGAAAAAAGCAAGAAAACAACUUUCCAUCAUUCAGUUUAGAACAUCCCUUUUUCCAGAAUCUAAUAACAAAGAAUAUGGUGAUGAAUGUCUGGAAAGAUGGAACUUGGGGCUCAUACAGACAUAUUCUCAUCAAAGAAAAAAAGCAGCCGAGACCCAUGGAACACAGUUACGUGAAUUGCAGAAAAUAUGGAGAUCUUUCUUCCUUCGAAUGGAUCGAAUCGAGUGUCAAAUACGCCCCUCGGGAAAACAAGAAACUGGUGCACAUCUAUUAUUCUACUGUAAACUUCAAAGAUGUUAUGUUGGCCACAGGAAAACUUUCGAUAGGAACAACACCACAUCAACACCGUGGAAAUUCAGUACUUGGCUUUGAGUUUUCUGGCAGGGAGGAAGGUACUGGUAAAAGAAUAUGCGGUUUCGCACCUGCAAGGGCUAUGGCUACAUCCAUUCUGGCAGAGCCCCACCACUGCCUCGAAGUUCCAGAAAACUGGACUUUAGAAGAAGCUGCUACAGUACCAGUGGUGUAUGCCACCUGUUACUACGCUCUCAUCACAAGAGCUAAGUUACAACCUGGUGAAAGCAUUUUGAUCCAUUCUGGAAGCGGUGGAAUCGGAAUGGCAGCCAUAACGAUUGCCCUGAGUAUGAAUUGUGAGGUUUUCACAACAGUGGGUAAUGAUGAGAAACGAGCCUAUUUGAAAAAGAAAUUCCCCCAAAUCAAGGAGGAAAAUAUAGGAUGUUCUCGCAACGUUUCUUUUGAACCUAUGAUCCUUUCAAGGACGAAUGAAAGAGGUGUAGAUGUCAUCUUAAAUUCCUUGGCAGAUGACAAAUUUCAAGCAAACUUCCGAUGCAUUGCUAGAAAUGGAAGGAUUGUUGAAAUCGGGAAAUAUGAUUUGGCGUUGAACCGUCCGAUACAUUCAAAGGUAUUUUUGGAAAACGUUUCAUUCCAUGCCGUAUUUUUGGAUCAAGUAUUUGAUGACGAAGGAAAAGGCGUUAUUUGUGAUAUCAUGGACAUGGUCAGAGAUGGUAUUAAAACUGGCGUUGUUCAAACCCUAGACAGAACUGUUUUUGGACGCAAUGCCAUUGAAGAAGCUUUUAGAUACAUGGCAAAAGGAGUACAUAUCGGAAAAGUGCUGCUAAAGAUACGUGACGAAGAACCACAAAAAUCUGCAAUACCCAAAACUCUCAUACUACCUGCUGUUCCAGAAACCCAAUUUUUCUUCAACAAAGUGUACAUAGUCAUUGGAGGACUCGGCGGAUUCGGAAUAGAGCUCACCAAAUGGGCAAUGGAAAGAGGUGCCAGGAACAUUAUCUUGACAUCGAGGUACGGUGCCAGGACGCCUUAUCACCACUAUUGUUUGAAAAGAUUGAAGAAUGAAGGUCUGAACAUCAGAGUGUCGACUUUGAACGUUGCCAAAAGAGAUGAGGCUGAAAAAUUGUUGCAAGAAGCUAUGUGUAUAGGCCCAAUUGGUGGAAUAUUCAAUUCUGCUGUGAUUCUGAAAGAUGCUUUUAUGGAUGCGCAAACUCCUGAAGAUUACCAAGAAGUAUGCGGCCCAAAAUCGGACGCCACGAAAUUCCUAGAUGAGCUGACAAGGAAGCUAUGCCCGGACAUCGACUAUUUCGUCUGCUUCUCGUCCAUCAGCGGUGGAAGAGGAAAUGCUGGUCAGACGAAUUAUGCGUAUGCUAAUUCUGUAAUGGAAAGAGUUUGUGAGGAGAGAAAGAAAGAUGGCUUGCAUGGUUUGGCCAUUCAGUGGGGUAUCAUCGGCGAUGUGGGAGUAGUUCACAGGCAUAUGGGAGAAGAUGCCAUGAUUGCCGGUGUUAUGGCACAAAGCCUCCGCUCCUGUCUGCAGACAUUGGAUAUCUUCUGUCAGCAGGAUUGUCCAGUCGUGACAUCAUAUGUAGCUGCAGAACAAAGCAGGAAGACUGUGCAAGUAAAUGCAAUACAACAGAUAUUGAAAAUAUUGGGAGUGGAAGAUGUCUCUCAGAUCAAUGUGACACGAAGCUUGGGUGAGAUUGGAAUAGACUCUAUGGUCGGAGUCGAGAUCAAGCAAAUGAUCGAAUCCUAUUCCGAUGUGGCCGUCAGCAUGCAGGAGAUCCAAGAAAUGAAAUUCGAUGACAUCAAAGCAAUAUUCGAGAAAGCUGACAGCGAGAAAACCACUAUGAAAGCACCAGCACUGAUGGCCACAACCAAUAUAAAGCUUCCACCGAGCCUGGUACACAAAGAUCCCUUGGUGGUUCUCAACGAACAAAGUUCGGGUGAACACGUUUUCAUAGUCCACAUCAAAGAUACAGAUGUAAUGAGCUUCCAGCCUCUUGCAAAGGCUUUGAACAGACCGGUGUAUGCUUUAGUAUGGACGAAGGAUUUACCAUCGGGCGAUAUGGAAUCGCUUGCUCAAUGGUACAUAAAAUCAAUUGAGAACAUAACAAAAGGUCCGUAUCAUCUGAUGGGAGUUUCAGACGGUGCAUGCCUGGCGUUUGAGAUGGCACUUCAGAGCGAGCGAUCGCAAAGAAAACUGAAAUCCCUCACACUUAUCAGCGGUUCGGAGCACCUGAUGAAUACACUCAGCGUUGACAGUACGGAAAAGACACAGUCUGAAGCCUCGGCAGUCUGUGGUUUCAUAGAACAGUUCACGUCAUCUGACUUAAGCAGGCUUCACGAAGAAUUGCAAAAAGAUCUCCACUUGGACCAAAGAAUCCGAACCGUUUUUAAUUACCUCACCAACUCUUCCAGUCAGAUGGUGAAUAAAAAUGAAGUCUCUGAAGCUAUUGCUAACUAUUUACUAAAACAUCGCCUGUUGGAAUCAUACAUACCGAGUGGAAAACUUUCCAGGGACAUUCAUCUUCUGGAAGAUCCCUCUCAGUUUUUACCAAACGAUGUAUCUAUCGUCAAAGAGAUAUUUACACAGUUCACUUCCGGAAAAGUCGCUGUCCACAGAGUAUUUUCACCCCGUCAGUUGUCCACAGAGGAAGGUGUCAAACGAUUAGCAACAACUCUCCAGAAUAUCGUAUAAAAAAAACCUUUUACACAAAGGAAAUCUGCACGCUUCGGCAUUUAUUUUAGAUAGUAUUGUGUACUGUCUGUAAAAUGAUGCUAAAAGCUAUUUUUAAAAUAAUUUUGUUAUCUUUAAUUUUCA